CUCCUCUCAAAAUCCAGCCCACAGAUUGCUUGUAAUCCACAGUAGGGCUGCCUCACCUGCCUGGUCCACAGGUACAGCAAGAAACUCCGGAAAGUGGAGGAAGACAGAACACUGACAAACUUUACUGGCACAUUUAAGGUCCUUGGCUAGAAGAUAGAAAGAGGAGGCAGCAUACAUCCAUAUUCUGCAGCUUGCCAUGGACUGGAAGACCUUCCAGGCACUGCUCAGCGGAGUCAAUAAGUACUCCACAGCAUUUGGCCGCAUCUGGCUGUCAGUGGUGUUUGUGUUCCGGGUGCUUGUGUAUGUGGUGGCGGCUGAGCGCGUUUGGGGUGAUGAGCAGAAGGACUUUGACUGCAACACGCGGCAGCCUGGCUGCCCCAACGUCUGCUAUGACCAGUUUUUCCCCAUUUCCCACGUGCGCCUUUGGGCACUGCAGCUCAUCUUCGUCACCUGCCCCUCGCUGCUGGUGGUGAUGCAUGUAGCAUACCGCGAGGAGCGCGAGCGAAAGUACCGUGUCAAGUACGGCAAGGAGGCCAAACUCUAUGAGAAUACUGGCAAGAAGCAUGGUGGUUUGUGGUGGACAUACCUGCUCAGCUUGUUCUUCAAGACAGGAAUUGAAAUUGCCUUUCUGUACCUGCUACACUUCAUCUACGACAGCUUCUACUUGCCAAGACUGGUCAAAUGCAACUCCAAGCCCUGCCCCAACCAGGUGGACUGCUACAUUGGGCGCCCCACUGAGAAGAAGGUCUUUACAUACUUUAUGGUGGGGGCUUCAGCCUUCUGCAUUGUGCUCAACAUCUGUGAGAUCAUGUACUUGAUCUUCAAGCGCAUUGCACGUGUCGCCCGCCAGGUGAAGAGACAGACUCGCAUUACGGUAUCGCAUCAUAACGACUGCAAAAACAAUGCAUGCUGCAACUGUCACCUGCCCAUGAACCUACUCGAGAUCAAGCCCAGCCUCCGCAUCAAGGAGGACAUGAGAGCCUCCGCUCCCAAUCUGUCCUGGACUCCCUAGGAGCUUCAGCAACCUUCACCACUUGGAGGACUAUCAGUAUCACAGCGAUGGCCUGACUGACCUGCGAGCAGCACAACCACAUGGCAGGGAGUUGUGAGGGCUGGACUAUCAUGGGGCAGCAGGCGGGGUGGGCUGCACGGUGCAGUGGCCAUCCGCUCUGAAAAGUACACCAUUUUAGGGACUUUUAAUUAAAAAUAACCUACAAUCGAAUGGAGUUCAUUGGUUAUUUAAUAUUUGUCAUAAUGAAUUCAUCCAUCAAUGUAUGCAUUAUCCAUAACGUUUAGACAACUGCUAAUUUGAGUGUGUGCACUUGCAUCCCUCUGUGGGGUCGGAAACGCUGUCUGCGCUGGAAAGACAUCAUUCUCUGGGGAAUUUCCAUGUGAUUCUGACAUGGACACCUUUCAAGAACUGUAGUAUUGUACAAAAGCAUCUUUUUAAGAUUUAUUUUUUUUUUUACAUUAAACUUCACUAUCGUUAUUACUUUGCUGUCAGUUUGUUUUAAAAAAUUGAGUUGGGAAAUGAUUCUGCUGUUUCAUAUGAGCACUAAAAUCCAUCAACUACAAAAGGUGACAGAAAGAAAAGUCUCUCUGGCACGGAGACUUGUAAUGAUCUCAGAAACUCCAGGGCACAAGGUACGGGACACUCUGGGUGGGACAGCAGUCUACUGUACGGCAGGCACUCACCCAAGCACAUGCUGAGGGCAACUCAGAGGCACAUCCAUCUAAACCACAUGGCUUUGGACGACCAGAGAAAGCUGGAGAACCCAGAGCCCACAUGCACAUGGGGAGUACUAAAGGUACUAAAGCAGUUUAAUGUCAAUGUUUCAAAAGGGAUGUGUGAUGCUCCCUCCAGGGGGAAGACAGCCUGAGUGCCUAAGUGGCUCUGCCAGUCCUGAACUCCCCAGGUGUGCUGCCUCUGAGAAGACACGGAGGAGGUGUCCACAGCAAAAGCAGAACAGGUAGCACAAACAGCAAAAACUCCUGCCCCUCCCUGAACACGCCACCUUGAUGCACUCCUGCUACUGGAACUCUUACGCAAGGUGCACUGUGACACGCACACUGUAACGGAGGCGUGGAGGGGCUUACUCACUGCCUGAUGAUCGGCUGCGUCAAGGACAAGGCUGACUGGCCAACCCUGAAGCCACAGAAGACAUGUCACAUAUCAGAUAAUACAGGAGUUUGAAGUUGCAGAUUUAUCUCCUUGGGGGGUGGUUCAUAUAUGAGCAAUGUGUUCCAAUUUGUUUUCACAAUAGACAAGGAAAUUUAAGGUAUUUGGCAGUCGUGCGUCGACAAGCCCUAAAGUAGAGUAAAUAGCUGAGAACAAAGUGUGAACAGUCAAGAGGCAGCAUGCUGGGACAGACCCUGGAGCUUAAGGACGCUGCCGUCCUGGGCGGCUUAGCUAGUACAAUGGGGAUCUUUUUGAAGAAGAUAUCAGAGACAAAAAACCAAUACCUCUAACUCUCAUUACUUCACGGCUAACUUUAAACUGGGCCUCGAUAUAUUGUACACCUCUGCAUGGAAAAUGUCACAGUCAGAGACUCAGCUAGUGAGGAUAGAUACAUCUCACAGAAAACUCAGCAACACAUUCAGAAGGUUUCCAAUGAAACAAAUUCCCUAAGUCACAUGUUUGUAAAUAUAUAUAUAUGUUUUAAAUGUUAUAAUUGUAACUGAACUCUGACUCUUUGCAUAAACUUGUAAUUGUCAAUAAAAGCCUUUGAUACUUA